GAUGUUUCUUGUGUCAACACGUCAAUCAAAAAAGAAAAAAAUUGCCUUCAAAUGUGGUUAACAUUUUUUUGAUUUGCUGGUAAUUUUGUUGGUUUCUGCUUUUACCUGAUGCUAUCUGACCAUAUCGAAUAAAGUCGAUUAAAUGCAUUGAUUAAAAUCAAGUAAGGGCAUGCUGCUUUACGGUUCAUUAAUUCGCGGUGAAACAUGAAUAAAAAAAUGAAUUAGAAAGUGAUGGAAUCGAAAAGCAAACGUAUUCAUUAAAGCCGAGUUACCGAGUCUUAAGCCAAAGCAUUUGUGAUAGCUAAAACGGAGAAAUUGGGAAUCAGUUGUGAUAUAAAUAAUAAAAAAAAAUUAAACAAAAUAUCAAAAUUUUAUAUAAUACUUGCGAUAUAGAUAACAUAUUAGUUCGAUAAAAUGACGAAUAUCGGAAAUUUGUUACACUGUGUGUCCAAGCAAAUUCAACGCUCGGAUCGUGACGCUGCCAUAAGUUCCUUUUUAGCUACAACUACGGAGACAGAAAAUAUCAAACCUGACCACUGUGCUAUUAAGCGUGUUGAGAAAUUGGAGAAGGAGACAUAUGCGCUCUUCGCGCAAGUUUUGCACCUGUAUCGAGCCGAGCAAUUGAUGUUAUCGUUUAAUGGUGGCAAGGAUUGCACUGUUCUACUGGACUUAAUUCAUGCCUACUUUAAGCGCAACAAAUGCAUUAGUCAUAUACGUUUGCCGGUAUUGUAUAUUGAAACGGAUGAUGGCUUUGAGGAAGUCGAAGCGGUGGUACUCGAUUGUGAACGACGGUAUAAUAUAAAUCUGGUGAGGCGCAAAGGUUGCAUAAAAGAAGUGCUGGCGCAGAUACUCGAGGAAAUGCCCGAAAUACGUGCUGUAUUCAUGGGCUCUAGACGAACGGAUCCCUAUUGCGAGAAUCUCAAUAUUAUGCAGGUAACUGAUCCGGGUUGGCCAAAGUUGAUGCGCAUUAACCCGCUCAUCGAUUGGAGCUAUAAUGAUAUUUGGUAUUAUACAUUUGUGCGAGACGUACCAUACUGCCGGCUAUAUGAAAAGGGUUACACAUCUUUGGGCCAAAAGAAUAACACAACACCAAAUCCACAUUUGCGCAUGUUCGAUCCGAUUACAAGAGCUGUUACGUAUAAGCAUGCAGCUGAACUGGGAGAUGCCAAGUAUGAACGCGCUGGUCGCAAUCGAAAUGAUUAUGUGGAAACUUGCGUGACGGAAGAGAGGGAGCAAGAGCAGUACGACGUGAGUGAAGUAGAAGCAGAACCAGCAAGCGACAAGCGAGCAAGUGACAAACCAGUAGCAAAAGAAAAGUCGGGAAAAAAAUCGAAGAAAACAAAAAAGCAUUGAGGUUGUCAAAAAUAGUAAUUAGAAACGUUAUAAAUAUAAAUUUUACUGCAGUGUGGACAAGGCGCAUUCAUUAAAGGUGGUGGUACAGGACCGACAAAAAUAUUUUGUUUGUUUGAUUGUCAAGGAAAAGUAUUGGCAAUGUAGAAAACAAAGAAUGAGCUCGCCUUGUUUCAUUCUGGGCUGACAGCCACAUGGACACGGCGAAAGAAAAAAAAACAAAUCAGCUGAUUUACCGAUACCACCUUUAAUAGAUUCGCCUUGAGUGUGGAAAAUUAAAAAAAGUAGACUUUUACAAAAAUAAAAAAAGACAAAGAUUUUGUACGAAAAUUAAUGCAGAAUCAAAUGAGCUGCCUGUAAAUAGUAAAGGAAAACUAUGCUAGCUUUUAAGCUAUUGAUAUUCAAUUGUAAUAAAAAUUAAUAUAGCUUUUUGUUAAUUAUCGAGUGCAAUGCACUUCGAAGCAUGCGCGCUGAUAAGCAGCGUUAAAAUUGUUACACAUUUUACAGUGUAUGUACUUAAAUGCACAUUUAUGAAUGCCCUUUAUAAAUUCUUCCCAAGUAUAUAUAUAUUUAUAUAAGCGCGAAAUAUUCUUCGAAGAACUGCUUUGUAUGUAAAUAAAUUUAAAUUUAAUGAAUCUGGUGCUAAAAAAUUACAAAUAAAUUAAA